GAAUUUCUAUCGAGGUUGGCUGCUAAUUUAAUUACAAAUGGAGAUAUUUAUAUUGAUAUUGAUAUUGCAUAUCUUCCAAAUGAGUUAAAGUGGCUUCAGUGGAAGUGUUACCCCUUCAAAUCUUUAUCACUAAAUUUUAAUCCCAAGAAUCUGGUAGUGUUGAAUUUAUCAGGGGGCAAUAUGGAACAACUCUGGAAUGAAGAUUUUCAGGAUCUUGUUAAUUUAAGGGAAAUCGACGUUUCUUUUUGCAAGAAGUUAAGGAAGAUCCCUAAUCUAUUAGGAGUCGUCAACCUCAAAAUCCUUGACUGUAAUUCGUGUAAAAGUUUGGUCCAGCUUCCUGAACUCCCAAAUAUGUUGAAUCACUUAAAUUUAUCAUUCACUAAAAUAGAAGAAGUGUCCUUUUCUUCAGAGCCUUCAAAUAAUCUUCAACAGUUGAUAAUGACUGAUUGCGAGAGCCUCAAAUUACUCUCAGAGCUUCCAUCAAACCUGAAGUACUUGGAUACUCAUGGUUGCAUAUCAUUAGAAAUUGUAUCUUUCACUGAUCCAAAUUUCUGUUCUUUUGAUGGUGAAAGAGACUACACAAUGAUAUUCUCUAAUUGCUUCAGCUUGAAUCAAGAUUCAGUUGAUAACAUCGAGACAAAUUCCAUGCUUCAAAUUCAAUUCCUAGCGGAGAAAUGGGCAUCAAGAUAUGAUCAUGAGUUCUCGAUUGAUCCCGAACCAAAUUUGUUUUAUUGUUUUCCGGGAAACAAAAUUUCAGCAGAUAGGUUUGAGUAUCAGAGCAGAAAUUCUUCAUUAAGUUUGAAGAUAGCCACAAGGGGGAGUAGUGGGAGAAGAUUAUUAGUUUUUGCUAUAUGUCUUGUAGUCGAUCUCACUGAUACUGAUUUCGUUAGAAAUCUUCAAUUUAUCUGUGAAUAUCAACUGUUAGCCGCCAGUGGUAAUGAUGGUGACGGUGGUUUUAAAAAGUUCAAAAGUGAAUUGUUUUUGGAUGAAAUUGGUUGGAAUAUUCAUAACUGCAAGGGUGAUCAUAUUUUCAUUCUAUGUGGGAAAGAUAUGGUUAAAGAAGACCAGAAUUAUGUGGAGGCAUCGUUUCAAUUCUACAUCAAACAUCUCCCAUUAAUUAAGAAUGAAGAAAAACAUAUCAAGGUGAAGAAAUGUGGAGUUCAUGUAAUUGGAACCCCAAUUAUUGAUGUUAUGAGAUGUGAUAAAUCCAACCUCAAUUUUGAUUCUCAAGGAGAUGCUAAUACUAUGGAACCCCAUCACCAUUCAGCUACAGAAACAAGCACAAGGAGAUCAAAGCGGCACAGGAUCACAGAAACAAGAACAAGGAGAUCAAAGCGGCACAGGGUAACAGGGACUGGGGAGCCGUAUAUGCAGCACAAAGAGAUAAAAGAGGCACAGGGUACCAAGAGCGCUGCACAGGGCGUUGAACAUGCCAUUGCUGGCACUAGUACCUAUGUCGUUACUGAUGAGGAUGUGGAAGAUCUCAAAGAAGCAAUCAAGGAUGAAUGGAUGAUAUGCAAUCGUUCUACAUGUAGGUAUCUACCCUCGGCUGUUUGGAAGAAGGUAAAGAUGAGGUUUGAUGAUAUCAAGGUGGAGAAAUGCAGUGGCCUGUGUGGAUGAAGACCAGGGUAUGAUGAAUCGAGCUACGAAGAUGAAGAAAUGUGCAACUUUGAUGAGAUGAGCAAAUGAUGUUGAACAAGAUAUUCCCAACAACAUAGAAGGCAUAGGCCAAUUUAAUAAUUCCACUUUGUUUUCAACAAGAUGCCGUGUAUCACUAUAGAUUGCUUUCAAGAGCUGCCAACCGGACAGUUUGGAGAAAUUUGUAUUGGUACCACCAAACUACAAUAGACGAUUAAACUAACG